UUUCUUUCACAGGUCAUGAGGCCAGUUAAUGAUUAGUGUGGGUGGGUGUUUGGUCUUCAAAACUCUGAGAGGCUGGGCUCUGUGAGCUCUCUGGCAUUAAGGGGUCACCCUGCCCCGAGCUCUGAGCCUUCCGGCUCAGCGAUGUCCCCAGGCCUCUGGGAGAGGUGCUGCUGGGCGUGGGGCCUCCUUCUGUGGCUCCGUGUUGGAAGUGCAGGAGAUGCACCUCCUACCCAACUGCCAGAGUGCACUGACUUCCAGAACGCCAAUCUCCUCCGAGGCACCAAUCUCAAAGUCCAGUUUCUCCUCUUCACCCCUUCGCAUCCUAGCUGUGGGCAGCUGGUUGAAGAAAGUAGUGACAUCCAAAACUCUGGGUUCAAUGUCACUCUGGGAACCAAACUAAUUAUCCAUGGAUUCAGAGCUUUAGGAACAAAGCCUUCCUGGAUCAAUAAAUUCAUUGAGGCCCUUCUGCGGGCAGCGGAUGCGAACGUGAUUGCCGUGGACUGGGUUUACGGCUCUACAGCGGCCUACUACUCGGCCGUGGAAAAUGUGGUCAAGCUGGGACUCGAGAUCUCUCGUUUCCUCAGUAAACUCCUGGUACUGGGUGUAUCGAAGUCCUCCGUCCACAUCAUUGGUGUCAGCCUAGGGGCCCACGUUGGGGGCAUGGUGGGACAUUUCUACAAAGGCCAAUUGGGACGGAUCACAGGUCUGGACCCCGCUGGACCAGAGUACACCAGAGCCAGCCUGGAGGAGCGCCUGGAUGCUGGAGACGCCCUCUUCGUGGAAGCCAUCCACACAGACACGGACAAUCUGGGUAUUCGCAUUCCUGUCGGACAUGUGGACUACUUCGUCAACGGAGGCCAAGACCAGCCCGGCUGUCCCAGCUUCAUUCAUGCAGGCUACAGUUAUCUGAUCUGUGAUCACAUGAGGGCUGUGCACCUUUACAUCAGCGCCCUGGAGAAUUCCUGUCCGUUGAUGGCCUUUCCCUGUGCCAGCUACAAGGCUUUCCUUGCUGGACAUUGUCUGGAUUGUUUUAACCCUUUUCUGCUUUCCUGUCCAAGGAUCGGGCUGGUGGAACAAGAUGGUGUCAAGAUAGAGCCACUUCCCAAGGAAGUGAAAGUCUACCUUCUGACUUCUUCCAAGGCUCCAUACUGUGUGCAUCACAGCCUCGUGGAGUUUUACUUGCAGGAGCCGAGAAACAAGGACACCAGCAUCGCGGUCACCUUUCUUAGCGGCAAUGUCACCUCUUCGGUCAAGAUCACCAUGAGCUGGAAGCCGGGAGGAAACGCAGCUGCUCCGGUACCACUGCCCAGAGCAGUUGCCCACCGUGAGUGCCUCCUGUGCCUUAGACCUCGCUGGAACCUGCUGGCAGGGGAGCCUGAGAACUAUGGUUUGCAGCAGAAUGGCUGGAGCACAGACAAGGAGAUGACCAGGGCGCACACAUAGAAAUGGACACUUGUCGACAGAGGCAGAUGGCAUGAGGUCAUGUUAGACGGAGCCUGACCGAGUGCGAGGAAGUGACGUUUGAGGAAAGGUUUGAAGGAUUCGCAGGAGGUACUCAGGCAGGGGGUGAGUGAGAAUGUGACACUGGGAGCAGACAGCAGGGGGAUGACAGGAGGCUGGCGUCAAUCAGGGCCAGACCAGGCCAGGUCUUGGAGCAAAUUUGGGAUUUUGGUUUUUAUCCUGAGAGCAGUUUGGGGAACCACUGGGAAUUUUAAACAAGAGAGCGACCACAUCAGAUUUGGGCUUAGAAACGUUUCUGAGGCUGCGGUGUUGGACGUUAACCACACCGUCAGGGAAGAGGAGUUUCUGCUGGGAGGGGCGAACUACCUCUGGGCUCCCGAACACCUUGCCACCAGCCAGGGUUCCAGCUCCCCCAGGCCACACAGCAAGGUACAGCAGGCAGUCAGCUCCCCAACACGGGUCUUCGGGCGCCCACCUGAGCACUGAGCGGGAUUCAAGAUUGCAAAUGAUAGCUGAUUAUAGCUGGCAGAUUAUAGUUUGCAGAUUAUAGCUGAAUAAUUUUCAUUACAUCAGUUCAAGGUUGUUACUUCUACAAGGGUAUUUUCAUCACUUCUCCAGCCCGUUGGUAGAUGAGCCAACGCUGGCAGGAGUCAUGACAGUGACACACAACUCUGGCUGCACUUUAGAAUCACCUGGAGAGCUUUGAAAAAUACCGUCGCCAAGCCUCACCCCAGACCAAUCGCAGCAGAAUCUCUGGGUCUCACAGAUAGACCUUUUAACGCUCCCUGAGUGAUUUGAAUGGACAAUCACAAUUCUUCCCUCUCCCGAGAGAUUUGCAUGCUCUUUCGAAGAAUGCUGUCCGAACAUGAUUAUCUUCAAUUCCUUGUGUUUUUCUCUUGCAGAACAAAAAUUGAAAAGAAAGGAUGAGGGCUUCUGUGUGAUCUUUCCCCUACUUUCUAUAGUUUUGUGAAGCCCCCAGGUUUCCUUCUAAUUAGAAAAUUUACUGGGGCCAAAUCCCCAGGCCAUUCACAGGGUCCUUCCUACCCCUUCUAGUUUGCAAGCUUCUCCUAUUGCAGCAACUUCUUAAAGGGGACAGUCUACUUACUUUGUCUCUGAAAUAUUUCAAAGUACUUCUGAAAUUUUUUUUAAAAAAGAACAGCUUUUAAAGUUAUACAGGAUCUUUCUCAAAAGGAAAAAACAAACUAUAUGACUAAGGCUGGGUUAAGACAUUUCAUCACUCCGCAGAGGCCAGAAAGGAAAGGGAAACCGAGCUGGCCGGGCCGUGGCUCCCCUCUUGACGGCACCCAGUGCGGAUGUGCAGAGGUUGAAGCAGCGUCCUCCCCGCUCUU